AUGGCCUCUCAAGUUACAUCCAACCUCCCCUCCACCCCCACCAAGAACAAGAGCCCUUCCGCUUCUGCCAAAGGCUCCGCCAAAGACUCCCCGAAACCGACACAACAGCUCCAAAAGGGAAGCCCCAAGCCCAAAACUCCUCGCAAGCUGAAGCGCAAGGUCGACGAUACCGUCACCCCGGCUGCCGAGAAGGCAACAAACCCCGAUCUACCUCCACGUGCGUCGACAGGAGAGCCGAGCAAACAUCUAGAAAAGCGAGAGCCGGAGCCUGAGUCUGAACACGAGGAAGAACAGUUUGAGGAGGAAAAGGACACUGGUAUUGAGCUAGAAGAUAACGAAGUUGACGACAAACCUGCCGAAGACGACAACGAGCAGGGUGAAGAGGAGGAGGAAGAAGAAGAAGAAGAAGAAGAGGGUGAUGUAAACCCUCUUCCUACCUCCAGUCUGACCACAGAGCAACGCAAUCAACCCGAUGCCAAGUCCGAAGCGUCUGGCUCUGGUACCGGUGGUUUCUUCAGACGUGCCGGCGGCCUGACUGACUUUGCUCGUGGUCUUCGAGGAGCUGCUGGCGGUGCCCUCAAGAGCGUCACCAACAAUAUCCCUCUGGACCUCUCCGCCGUAAAAGGCUUCCAAGUUAGCGAUGGCGGUAAAGUGUUCGACAAAUCCGGCACUCCCCUCGCCGAGGUCGUCGAAGGAGACCCGGAAGACCUUGUUGGCCAGACGAUCGGUGACGAUGGCGAAAUCCUGGAUGAAGACGGCGAUUUUAUCGGCCGUGUUGACCUGUUGAAGGACGCUCAAAAGAAAACCACCGAAACCUUGGAUCAGGUCAAGAGUCAACUCCCGACUCUGCAAGACCUCGACGGUCUUCCCGUAUCUGAUGGAGGCGAAAUCAAGGACAAGGCCGGAAAUACCGUGGGCCGCGUCGUAGAAGGCGACGCUGAAGAUCUCAUCGGCCAGACACUGAACGACUCUGGAGAGAUUGUUGACGAAGAGGGCGACCUCAUUGGUCGCGUCGAGGUUGUCUCCCCUGAAGAAGCUCUCCAGGCUGUGCAAGAUCAGGCCGAAAACGUUCAAGAAGGUGCUACCGACACAGCGGGUGACAUCCAAAACAAGGUUGAAGAUGCCAAAAAUAACCUUCCUCAACUCACUGACCUUGACGGUCUACCUGUCUCCGACGCCGGUGAAGUCAAAGACAAAUCCGGAAAUGUAAUUGGCAAAGUGGUUGAAGGCGACCCGGAAGACCUUGUGGGACAGACUAUCAACAACGAAGGAGAAAUCGUCGACGAAGAUGGCGAUUUGAUCGGCCGUGUUGAGGUACUUUCGCCAGAGGAAGCCGCCCAAAAGGUUACAGGACAGGUUGAUGACGCCAAAGAUCAAGUUGCCGAGACAACUGAGAACAUCAUUCCCAAAAUCGAAAUUCUUAAAGGAAAAAAGAUUAGCAAGAAAGGCAAGAUCCUCGAUGAGGAGGGUGAGGUUAUCGGUCAGAUUGCCGAAGGCUACGAGGCCAAGGAUCUCGCUGGAAAGAAGCCAAACGAAAACGGUGAGGUUCUUGACAAGGCCGGCAACGUGCUUGGAAAGGUUGAGGUCGUGGAUGGUGAAGCAGCUGAUGCUGCCUUGCAGUAUCUGCAGGACGAAGCCGCAGAAUCCAGCCAGGCUGUCGACGGCCCCAAGACCCCAGAUGGCGCUGUUGAAGAAAUCAAAGACACCGCAGAGGACGUUCCAGAAAUUCCUGGUUCGUCUUCUCUUGACGGACUAGAGGUCCGAGAAGACGGAAACGUGCUUGAUUCUGAUGGCAACGUGCUUGGCAAGCUGGAGAGUGGCAACCUCGAGGAAAUCGCCGGCAAGACUGUGAACGAGAAAGGUCUCGUGCUUGACGACGAUGGCAAUAUCCUCGGACGCGUUGGCCUUGUGGAUGCUGUCGACAAUGCCGAUGUUGAAGAUGCCGCUCCCGAGCUUCCUCCUCUCUCCACCCUCGAAGGCCUCAAGGUGAACAAAUUCGGCAAAAUUGUCAACGACCAAGGAACGCCCAUCGGCGAGCUCGUCGAAGGUGAUCCCAAGAAACUAUCCAAGUUUGGUGCUACACUGGACGCCAACGGACAGUUUUGGGAUAACCGUGGCAAUGUCAUUGGAAAAGCCCAAACCCUCCCUGUCGAAGAGAAUGAGGCAGAGGGUGAAUUCUCUGGUCUUGAAGGACUUGUAGUCGUGCAAGACGGCUGGGUUGAAGACGAGAACGAAAAUAUUGUUGGCCAGCUGGUCGAAGGAGACGCCAAAAAGCUCGUUGGCCGUGCCGUCGAUGAGGACGGCGAUAUUCUAGAUAAACGCGGCAACGCUAUCGGUCGUGCGGAGCGUUACGAGCAGCCUGAUACCGUAGAGCCUGAAAAGGAGGACCUUUCUAGCCUGUCGGGCUUGACACCAAACAAGGCCGGUAAUGUUAUCGGACCUGAUGGUAUUCCGAUCGCCCGUGUUGUCGAGGGCAACUUGAAAGAAAUAUCUGGCCGCAAGAUCGAUUCAGAUGGCCAGAUCUGGAACGAUGCUGGCAAAGUUGUCGGACGUGUUGAGCUCAUCCCUGAAGACGAACGCGAAACUAAGCCAGAGGGAAUCUUUGGCGGACUCGAAGGCCUUGUUGUCAACAAGGAAGGUCUCGUCGAAGACGAAGACGGCAAUAUUGUUGGCAGAAUUGUCGAAGGCGACGCCAAAAAGCUCCGUGGCCGUGCUGUCGACGAAGACGGUGAUAUUGUCGACAAAUACGGAAAUGUAAAGGGUCGCGCCGAGCCAUACGAACCCCCCGAGGAGGAAGUGGAGGAAGAUGAUCUGUCUUCCAUGGAAGGGAAGAAAGUCAACAAGGCCGGCAACGUGGUCGAUGAGCAUGGCGUUGUCUUUGGCCGCAUUGUCGACGGCGAUCCCAAGAAGAUGUCCGGCCGCAAGGUCGAUGGAAAGGGACAGAUCUGGAGUGACGGUGGCAAAGUCAUUGGCCACGCAGAGCUCAUCCCUGGCUCCGAGCAGGAGCGGCCAGAAGGGAUCUUCUUCGGGUACGACGAUGCCAGAGUUGGCAGAGAUGGUGUUGUUGUCAGCGGGGCCGAUAAGAUCAUCGGACGUCUUGUUGAAGGAGACGCCAAGCGCCUUCAGGGCCGUGCUGUUGACGAAGAUGGUGACAUCCUUGAUAAGUCUGGAAACACCAUUGGCAAAGCCGAGCGCUGGGAGCCCGAAGAAAAGAAGCGAGAUGUCAACCCAAUGGCUGGCCGAAAGGUCAACAAGCAGGGUGAGGUUCGUGACGAGAAUGGAGAUAUAAUUGGCCAGGUUACCGAAGGAAACCUGAAGAACCUCAUUGGAAAGACCAUCAACGACAACGGAUAUGUUGUCGACAACGACGGCAACAAGAUUGGGGAAGCCACUCUUCUCGAAAACAUGCCCGAGGAAGAGCCUCAGGAGCCUGAGGUUUCCCCCGAAGAAUUGGAGAAACAAAAGCAGGCCGAAGAGGAUAAAAAGCUUGCGGAGAGGAUGUCUAGUAUUUUGCAGGAUACUCUUGGUAAAAUGGAGCCCAUCUGCAAGCAGAUCACAGAUCACAUUGAAAAAGCUGAACGUACACCCAAAGAGGAGCUUGACGAGGAGAAGCUUGUUCAAGACGUCAAGCCCCUGCUCGAAGAAGGAGGCCGCAUUCUACAAGAAUGCAACGGAUCUAUCCGCGCCCUCGACCCCGAUGGACGUAUUGCUGCUACCGCCAAGGCGCGCGCCGCAACUCACGAGGCCACUCCUGAGGAGUACCGUCUAGCAGACCUGCUGAAGGAACUUACUCAGACCGUCGUCAAGACGAUCGACAACGGCCGAAAGCGUAUCCAGGACAUGCCACACGCGAAGAAGAAGCUGAACCCUCUGUGGUCGCUUCUCAGCGAGCCCUUGUUCCAAAUAAUCGCCGCGGUUGGCUUGCUGCUCAGUGGAGUUUUGGGUCUUGUCAGUCGUCUGCUUGAUGGACUUGGCUUGGGCGGACUUGUGCGUGGCCUGCUUGGUGGCCUUGGUGUUGACAAGCUCCUCGAGGGUUUGGGCCUGGGCAAUAUCACCGAAUCUCUUGGUUUCGGCAAGAAGAAGUAA